AUGUUCCCAAUGCCUACCCGCCCAUGGCCAACAAUUGCCUUAGAAAUGGGCUACUCAGAAACGCAUGAUGCGCUCAUGAACGAUGCGGACCUCUUACUUGAAGGUACAAGGGGAAACAUAGCGCUUGCCAUCAAUGUCAAGAUAGAACCUCUAGGCCCCGAUUCUAAACAGACCCAAAAGGGCUAUGUUGAACUUCACAAGUUUGAUGCGGGCACUAGGAAGUGA